AUGACGUCUAUUUUCAUUGCUAUCUCUCUCAUUCCGAGAGUCAUAGCUGUUGUACAUCAACCACAAACAUUUUCAUCAACAGAUUCGUCCACAAUUGAUUCUGGACAAGAACCUCCCGAAGGUUAUUAUGCUUUUAUCGAAGCUCCAAGAAUGGAACCACCUCAAGUUCGUUCUCCACCUUACUUCAAAUCUAACAAAUUGUGUCCGGGGGUCAACAAGAAUCCAUCGGCAAAAACAUUGAAUAACUUAUGCGGAGAUCUCAAUAAAGGGUUUUUGCCAGUGAACCCAAUGAAACAAAACGUUUUAGGAUCACCAUACCCGUUUGAGUUAGUGAAGAAUAAAACAUUGGAAUUCUUCAGCAGAACAUUGCCAAUACUCAAAGCGGAUGAAACUAUACCAAAAGUAGCCAAAUAUGUGCCACCCGAUUCGUAUUACCAAAGUAGCACGACCCAAAAAUACUUACAAGGAAAACCUUUUCGGCGAAGAGCCAAGUAUAACAAUCCAGAUUCUCUUGAUGAUGUAAACAUGGAUGACGAUGAGGAUAUACCUUUAAGUUCUCAAAAUAGUACUAGACAUUCAAGAAAAUUUUGUGAUACCAGCGGUGGAGUGUAA